AUGCGGUAUAAACGAAUCUGGCAUACAGCGACUCUUCUCAAAAGUGGUAAAGUAUUAAUUGUUGGCGGUGAUAAUGAUUCCUAUAGUAUUACUAACGGCUGUGAGUUAUACGAUCCAGCGAAUAAUAGUUGGACAGUAACUGGUAGCAUGCAUCACUCACGAAGUCAACAUACUGCCGAAUUAUUACACAAUGGAAAAGUAUUAGUCAUAGGUGGAUCCCCUAUUACUGCAAAUUUCAAUAGUUCUGAAUUGUAUGAUCCACUGACAGAAAAGUGGACAUUGGCUGCCAGUAUGAAUUAUCCUCGAAUGUAUCAUGCUUCAAUCGUAUUGAAAAAUGGAAAGGUUUUGGUUGUUGAUGGAUGGCAACCUGGUUAUGGUAAUCUCAAAACUGCUGAAUUGUAUGAUCCAUCAACCGGAAUGUGGUCAUUGACCGGAAACACGACACAGGAACGAAUCGACCCUACAAUAUCUCUGCUGGAAGAUGGCAAAGUGCUAGUUGCUGGUGGAGAUGAUGGCUCGCUUUAUAGUUUCAAUAGUGCUGAAGUGUACGAUCCAUUAACAGGCAAUUGGACAACUGUGGAAAAUAUGAGUUAUCCGCGAGGAGGCCAUACACAAAAUACGCUUAAAAACGGCAAAGUAAUAGUUACUGGUGGAUAUGGUAAUGGUUAUGACUUCUACAGUAGCGCGGAAUUGUAUACAUCACCGAAAGUACAUUAA